UAGAUUAUUACUCAUCUCACUCUUGUUCCUAUUAAAACCUCUCCUUUGAUUUCUUUUGCUCGCUUUUGACACUUUAAAGAGAACUUUCAUGGCUAUGUCACUCUCAGGAUCAGCUGUUCUCAGUGGGAUUGGUUCUUCUUUCUCCAGCGGCGCAGCCAAGCAGAGCGGCAUUGGCGCCGUCGGUUUUGGCCGGAAAACUGAGUUCGUCGUCGUCGCUCAGCGCAAGAAGUCGUUGAUCUACGCCGAUAAAGGUGACGGCAACAUUCUGGAUGACCUCAAUGAAACCACAAAGAGAGCUUCGGAUUACGCGACGGAGAAGACAAAGGAGGCGUUGAAACAUGGCGAGGAAGCAAAAGACUACGUUGUUGAUAAGAACGUUGAAGCCAAAGACACUGCAGUGGAUGAAGCUCAGAAAGCUUUGGAUUAUGUGAAGGCAAAAGGAAACGAAGCUGGGAACAAAGUUGCCGAGUUUGUUGAGGGUAAAGCAGGAGAGGCUAAGGACGCCACAAAAGCAUGAUGCUUCAACCACUUAACUCGUAGAUAUAUAUGUAUCUUAUCCUUCUUGUCUCAUGUUUGAUACUUUACAAUAAGAUCAGUUUGUUUAAAACUUCUA